AUGUCCGACCAUUUCUCUCCUAUCCCAGAUGCAACCCCACCUGCAGCCACCAACCCAGACCCCGACCCAGCCAUGCUUUCCGCCCUCACCCGCUUCCGCGCGCGCAUGCGUACCGCCAACCGCGCCUUCAUCCAAUCCCGCAUCGCCGAGAUCGAAACCCGCGACUCCAGCGCCCCCGACCAGACGAAGAUCCAGCGCAUGGCGGAGUGGCGCCACUGCGACUGGAAUCCAGCGCCCGACCGCUGGGACGAGGGAAAGCCCUACCUCCAGAUGGUGGACGAGGACGCCGUGCCCGACCGGCGCAUGGACGGGGUCUACCCGACGCGACUGCGCACUGAGACCGCGCGGCAGAUCUACCUGGAUAUGCUGCAGGGGGUGUUCCAGCGGCAGGCGGAGGCGCGGGCGGCCAAGGAAGGGAGCGAGCAUCCCGGGGUGAUCCCGCGGUGCGAGGAGUUGGGCCGGUUCCUGCGGUACGCGCACGAGGUCCGGGAUCCGGAUUUCCGGCACUCCGGGGUUGCGGAGUUUGAGGCUGGGUUGUACAUCCGUUUUGAGGAUGAGGAGUUGGAGGGAACUGGGGAGGGACGUGAAGAUCGGUACCAUGAGUGUGUACGCACAAAGUGCGAGCAUCUGCGGCAGUCGCUGGAACAGCUCACCAGCUAUCAGUCGUCGCUAUUUGGUAGGGCGACGAUUGUGGCUGAUGUGGAUUGCGAUCUGGAGGUCAAGGCUGGGGUUCUCACUGGGCAAGAAGGGUAUCAGGGGCAGUGGCCCCAGUGGUAUAGUGCCUACCUCUACUGUCGGAAAUAUCCGGAUGACGACGAAGAAGAGGGUGAGGAGAGAGUUGGGGAUGAUGAACAGAAGAAGAUGAGGUGGAAUGAUGAUGUCCCAGACUCGCCCAAUAUUGGUGAAUGGGGAUGGCGGAUUGUCUUCAUGGAGGUGAACUACUGCGACCCCUGGGAGCCGCAACAGCUGUACGGGCGCAGACCGCGCUUUGACUCCAUCCCCGAGUUCCUGGACUGGUACAGUAGCUGGCCAGAUCAUUUGACUGAGCGACAGUUGCUAAGUUAUCGCCGGCACGCGCGAGGAUGGGACGGCUGUCAGACCGACUGUGAGUCGGAGUGUGAGGAUCACUGUUGA